GUAGACGGAAAGCGAUUAGAAAUUGGCUUUCAGUUGGCCGGCAAUGUUGUUUAUUCGACGGAAAAUAACGAAAAAUAUUCGACAGAAAAGUGAUCUACACGAGGUUUUAUUGGCCGAAGUUCAAUUCAUGUUUUAUUAAGCUUCCUACUUUGUGUAAUACAAUUGCUUAAAGUGUAUUUUUGUGCAAGGAUAUUGUCCGUGGCAGCAUCGAGAUGGAAUUUCAAUAGUGCUUUUUGAGUCUUCGUCCUUUCGUAACAAAAGCAAUACUACGACUACGGAAUCUUCAAAUAAAUUGACUGUUUGAUCAAAGUGAUUAGUAAUUAAACAGUACAACAGCUAUACUCAUAUGGAAACUGCAAUAUAAUUUCGCUAGUCUCAAAUCAGGAAGAAGUGUUUGUGUGAAAUGUGAAUUCACUAUCAAUAAAUCAUUAAAGCCUGAACGUUGUUAAAAAUGCUGUUCUGGAAGUGUUAAAAGCAUUCAUGAGAACUCAAACAGACUAGUGAAGAGGAAAAAUAACCGUUACUGUAUUUGAAUAGUUGUCGUCGUUGCAGUGGGGGCGUCCACGUGCCAGUGUAUUUGUUUCAAUUCUUUUGAACUCAUAUUGUGCUGUGCUAAGUGUAUGUGCAUAACGGAAAUAUAGAGGAUAGCAUUUUCACAAUUCGGUGCUAAUUCAUUUAUUGUUGUGAUUCGGAUACUGUUUCGGCAUGAAAAUGGCUCCUACGAAACAAUCUGGAACUACGACGUUACUACCGAUGCUUAAGAAAACUAUUACGACGAGAUCAAAAAACACUGCCCCAAAUCAGAACCAAAACCCCGAUUCGGACCUUCAAUCAGUACAGCGGACCAAGCGAAAAGCUGAUCAUAGCCCACUGAAAAAUGAUAGAGGCGUGAAGCGAUCAGCACUUGGAAAUUUGACCAAUGCUGUUGUAAUUAAGACUGAUAAUGAUACAGAUACUGGCAUUAGUGCGCUCAAAAACGGUCACAACACCGCCAAAGGGGCCACCAAAGAAACAACCAGCAUUAGCAAACAUGCCUCCCAAAUAAUCCAACAGAUUGCAAACAAUAUUGGUCACAACAAUAAGAACAAAAUCACGACCAACAAAACUGUUACGGAAAUUUUCACCAAACCCGAUCUCGAUGGACCAAAGACACGAGCGGCUACCAAAAUCCUGACUCGUGCAGCCAGCCGCCAACAACUUAGUGGGAAGAGUUCUAACGUCACUAGCAAUGAACAUGGGAAAAGCCAUCUAUCCAUUGGGCACCCCUUGAAGACCGGUAUUUCGGCCGUGACCAAAACUAUUGUUAAGACUAAGGAGACUACCUUCGAGGCUGGCCACAAACUGCAAACAACAGCCUUGGCUCCUGCUGCGUCCACUGCUCAACAUGGUAAAGCGCCCAAAAGAAGGAUUUCCAAUGAAUUUGAAAAGACUGAAGAUAGUUUAUACGUAUCGGCACUGGAGGACAUUACGUCCAGUGGCUCUCUACGACUGUCGGAAAACUUUGCAUCUCUGAAAACAAGGACUCCCCAAGAUGAAGAUAAAAGUAGCAAGAAAGAAGGCUCCUUAUCUCCCAAAAAACAAACGCCGGAGGGAAUCGAAGACUACGACUUGUCGAAUUGGAACGACGUAUUUCAGGUGUCGCACUACGCACAAGAUAUAUUCAACUACCAAAAAGAUCGGGAGGCGCAGUUUGUGGUUCCCGAUUAUAUGCCAACGCAGCCGCACAUCAGUAAAUGGAUGCGAGCACUUCUAGUCGAUUGGAUGGUUGAGAUUCAGGAAUCGUUCGAACUGAAUCACGAAACACUCUACUUGGCGGUGAAAAUUGUAGAUAUUUAUCUUUCGCGAGCCGAAGUUCAGAAAGAUUCAUUGCAGCUUCUAGGAGCGGCUGCACUGUUUAUUGCUUCAAAGUUUGAUGAACGAGUCCCACCCACAGUGGACGACUUUCAGUACAUUUGCGACGGCGCUUAUCAACGGCGAGAGAUGAUCCUAAUGGAGAUAAACGUGUUCAAAACUAUAGGAUACGAUCUUGGUAUUCCGCUGUCCUAUCGGUUUCUCAGGCGCUACGCCCGCGUCAAUCGCAUUGAUAUGCAGGUGCUGACACUGGCACGCUACAUCCUGGAGUUCACGUUGAUGGAGUACGCUAUCGUUGGUCUGCGGGACUCUAAGUUGGCAUGUGCGGCAUUGUUUAUCGCUAUGCGAAUGAAUAAUUUGCCUGGUUGGAACAAGACACUGGAAUUUUAUUCAGGUUACAAAAUCGAAGAUUUCGCCGAAAUUGCGAUUCUACUGAACAACAUCAUGACACGCAAACCGAAGGAGUCACUCAACACCGUUCGUCAUAAGUACUCCCAUGAAUUGUUCUUUGAGUCAGCAAAAAAGCAGUUCAUCACUGAUUUGGCCAAACUAUUUGACACUACCGGCUAUCAGCUUCCAAGUGGCAAACACGCGACAACGGCAACUACAUCUCGAUCUCAUCAUACUUCCGCGACAGCAACGACGACGACUAGCGUAUAGUUGGGUGUACAAAAUAACUGUUCUUUAUGUGUGCACCCUGUAAUAAUGAGGGAUAUAUCUUAUAAAUAUUUGCCACGUCCUACCGUAAUAUCCAACUGUGUGUAAAAAAUAGGGAUGCUUCGGAUGUAGCCUGCCAACAAAAUGAGAAAAUCUUCACAAAUGUAACUAAUGUAUAUUUUGAAUGCGUUUUUUAAACAUGUUAGCAGCACGUGAAAGUGAAUUUGAUUUGAAGAUUUAAAUUUGUUCCCUCUAUUUUUGAUUUUUUCCGUUGGAUGUUUUUAGUUUUUUUCUUUUGAAUUUUAGUUCAAGUGGUCUUUGUGAACGAAAUGUCAUAAGGAGAAACACCUAGCGGUUCGAGUUAAUAGGCAUACGAUUUUUUAGUCAUAUUAUUUAAAUUACCGUCUGACAAAGGCCGAAAAGUCUCCUCAAAUGAUGAUUAAAUUGAAUAAAAAAAAAGCUAAUUAUUUUGAGAACUGCAUUUGGAGUAAACUGCCGCUAACCGCAAGUCGGACACAUCUCCGGUGGUUUUUCUACAAUAGCGUUGAUUUGCGGUUAGUGACAGUUAGCAACAAUACAAGCAAACCAUACGUUCCUCUUUACAAAGUGAACAUAUCUUUUCAAUAAAAACGUGAAAUGGAA